GAAUAUUCUGAAGAAUUAGGCUAUAAAAAAGGUAGAGCCGAGUCGAAGAGCUCUUCUUAACUCACACAACAACCUAACAAACAAAAUUAAUAAUUCAACAGAGAGUGAUAUUAUGACUUGCAGCCAAACAGUCGGAAACAACGCCAACGCCAACAAAUACCAGAUCUGCGAGGAGAUCGGCCGUGGACGCUUCGGCACCGUCACUCGCGUCUACGCUCCGGCCACCGGUGAUUUCUUCGCAUGUAAAACCAUCGACAAGGCCUCUCUCUCCGACGACCUUGACCGUGCCUGCAUCGACAACGAGCCUAAGCUCAUGGCUCUCUUGUCCUACCACCCAAACAUCGUUCAAAUCCACGAUCUCAUCGACACUGACUCGACUCUCUCCAUUUUCAUGGAGCUCGUUGAUCCCUCCGUUUCGAUCUACGACCGUCUGGUCUCUUCUGGAACCUUCUCUGAGUCUCAGACGGCGUCGUUCGCCAAACAGAUUCUCCAGGCGCUUGCGCAUUGUCACCGAUACGGCGUCGUUCACAGGGACAUCAAACCGGAGAACAUUUUGGUAGAUCUACGAAACGAUACGGUUAAGAUCUGCGACUUCGGUUCGGGGAUUUGGCUAGGCGAGGGGGAGACGACGGAAGGAGUCGUCGGAACGCCGUAUUACGUGGCGCCGGAGGUUCUGAUGGGAUACUCGUACGGGGAGAAGGUCGAUCUGUGGAGCGCCGGAGUCGUUCUGUACACGAUGCUCGCCGGGACACCGCCGUUCUACGGAGAGACGGCGGAAGAGAUAUUCGAAGCGGUGCUGAGGGGUAACCUCCGAUUCCCGACGAAGAUAUUCAGGGGAGUAUCGUCGAUGGCAAAAGAUUUCUUAAGGAAGCUGAUAUGCAAAGAUGGUUCUAGAAGAUUGUCAGCGGAACAAGCACUGAGGCACCCAUGGAUUCAAAGGGCAGGAGAAGCAGAGGAGAGAUUCAUCUAAAAGAUUCUCUCUCUCUCUAUCUCUCGAAUAAAUAAAAGUGUGAUAGCUUAUCAUCAUCAUCGGGUUGUUCCUUAUCUAACAACAAGCAUGGGGAGAGAAGUUUCGUUGUGUGUGUGUGUGUCUUCUGUCUAUCGGCUUAUGUAAAUGUUGGCUUUGGGCCAUUGUAGAUUCCGCCUGCCUACCUACCUACCUACCGUACCUAAGAAGACUCUGGAAAAACGCAUUAUAAAAAAAAAAAAAAGGAGCUGAAUAAGAAGAAGGAGGUUGAUGCGCCAAGCUUUGGUGUGGCGGCUUCUUCUAUUUGAGUUUGGCAAUGAGUUUUUUUUUUUCUUUUCUCUUUUUUUUUUUGUUGGCUUUUUGAUAAAGUCUUUUUUUUGUUUAAAUUAGGGGUAGACGGGUAAUGUAGAGGAUAACGAUCUUUUUCCGCCUUUUACGGGUUUUUUUUUCCAUGUGGGUGUGUAAAAGGAUGUGAGAAUGCAGAGUUGUACUC